UUGAAGCGAAACUAAUGUUAAGAAUUAUUUCACGUAUCUUGCUAUACGUCUUUUUGAUAGUGAUGAUAUAAUUUAUCAAUUCAUAGUAACCAUUUUAUCUGAAUGGAAUGUACAUUUAUUUUCGACUCGAUAUAAGCUGGUGUAUUUUAUAGACAUACACGAAUGAUGACACUGUGAAAGAGAACACCAGGGCAUAAAUCCGGGAGGGAAAGUGUCCAACAUUUGAAGAAAGACCAAUGGCUUCUAAGUCGGAGACGAUUGAUAUACGAUGCCCAUCUUGUAAGGAAGAAGUUAAGUCCACAUGGAAAUGCUGCCCGCAUUGUGAGACCAGGCUUGAACGUCUAUCAUGCAAGCCAUCGACCACAAGCAACUUAACAGAGCGCCCUCAUUCCCUAACAGAUAUUAUCAAAGUCGAUCCUCUACACAGCGAUAGUAUUGGACCAGCAUGCAUCGAAACACCGCUAACGGAGAGACAGCCACUCGUCAACGCAGAUAAUGACAUUGUGUCUGAUUGUGUGGACGAUCCAAUACAGGAUGCAGAAAAUGCCGUUGGGUCUGAUUUGGUGAACAAUCCAGAACAGGAUGCUGAGGCCGACAAUUCAAAACAACACGUGGUAUUAACGGAAAACCAAAGAUACUACACUUUACAACAGUUAAUUUACAAACACCAAAUUGAAAACAGGUGAUGUGAAAAUUGCAGUGGAAGAGUAUUUACGAGAUUUUGAAGAAGCUGUGCAAAAAGGCGGAGUCGCUAAUCUAAGCGAUUUUAUCACCGAUGAUUUAAAUAAGUGGCAAAAAAGUCAAAUAAAUAUAGCAAUUAUAGGAGAAUCAGGGACAGGAAAAUCAUCCUUCAUCAAUACGAUACGAGGACUUCAAAGAGGCGAUGAAUUUUAUGCAACGAUUGGAAGCAGCGAGACAACAACAACAAUUCAGCAAUAUCCUCACCCUGCACAUCAUAACCUUGUGUUUUGGGAUCUUCCGGGCGUUGGAACUCCACGCUUUCCAAAGGAAAGUUAUUUACGCGUCAUUGAUGUUAAGAAAUACGACUUUUUUAUUUUGGUCUCGGCGACCAGGUUUAAAGAAAACGACGCAUGGUUAGCUAAGGAAAUUUGUCAUCUCGAAAAGAAGUUUUAUUUUGUGAAGUCCAAAAUAGAUUUCGAUGUCGAAAACGAUUUGCAAGAGUACUGUGGCAUGACAACAAAGGCAGAUAUCAUUGAUAAAAUUCGAAAAGAGGCAGCUACAGAGCUAAAGAAGACGGGCUUAAAACUCCCUAAACUUUUUUUGGUAAACAACAAAAACAUUAAUGAGUAUGAUUUCAAAGAUCUUAUCACCCAACUCUUAAAUGACGCACCAGUUCUUCAAAAACACACACUGAUAUUGUCUAUGUCAUCUUUAGCAAGAACAAUCCUAGAUGAAAAGCGACGUUUGCUGGACGGGAGACGCUUAAAAGUAGCUUUAAUAGCAUCAAUGGGGGAUUCUCCCGGUAUUGUUGUGUUGGUGAACGAGACUAAGUUUUAUCAAAAGCAGUUCGGAAUUAGUGACAAAUCUUUAAAGACUAUUGCAGACAGGAUAAAUAUGUCUUUUGAUGAUAUAGUAAAAAAACUUCAUAUUGUUUCUACAUCAAUUUUUCAAUCAGCGAAUUUGUACAUGAAUUUUUUUCGAAAAUGUGAAAAAGAAUGGAAUGAAACAGACAGGGUAUCGAUAUUAUCAGGAGUUUUACCCAUUUUGCCCGCUUCUAGAUAUGGCAUGUUUGUUCUGCGUAAAAUACUUGACAUGUGUUAUAGUGAGGCAUUGAGAAUUCUCUCUUUGCAGAAUGACAUUCUUAGCGGAAAAAUAUGAUAACACAAAAAAGACAAACUGGCGUGGUAUAAUAGCUGUACCAUUAUAUUUAGAAUGCCCGACAAGGCAGUUCGUGUUUUGUAUACUAACAGUAAAAUUCCAUGUCGCAGUUUUAUUUAAGUAUGGGUCCAUCAUUGUCUUAUUGUGCUUAUUGUUCUGAUAAGCGGAAAUGGAACAAUAAUAUUCUUACGCGUCAUUAUGGUAUAUACGUUAUUAGUUAUAUAUAGAAUAAGGUACAAUAAUGCUUUUUAACAUUUCAUACAAAUUUAAAGUAUUGAAUAUUUGUGGAUUUCUUCUGCAUAAGUAUAAUACAUUGGUUUUCAUAUCAAAUUCAAUAGUUUCUCAAUACAUUUACGCUGGCCAUUCUCACGUAUGUCUGAAUAAGUGUAAUAUUUUCGUUUCUGCUAUCUGUACCCAAUACCCUUUUAAUAAUGUUCAUAAAACUUCACUAAACUGUUAAGGUAAUUGUGACGAUAAGUAGAAGGUAUGGACUAGUCACGACAUAAAGGUCACACGUAAAGUCUGAUUUUUUUUAUCCUGUAACCGUAUGUCCGUUAUUUGCAUAUAGUUUGCAAUUUGAAGUACAUUCACGACACCUGCUUCAAUGUUCAUUAAUUUGAGGCAUGAACCGAACUCCCCACUGCGAGGGCGAUGUAUUUCUUAAAAGGACUACGGCGGGCGUUCAAAAUGUAUUUUGGAAUGCCAUGUUCUUUUCUGUUAUAUUUUCAUAUUACAUGUCAUUGUUUUAUCUAAUAUGUUAUUAUAUAUAUAUAAGAAAAAUAUGGUCGUGAUUUAUUUUCACUUCAAUUUCGAACGUGUUCACCUUUGACGAAUCAUUACAUAUGGUGUUUGGUUAAGUAUUGUAAUUUAUUUGCUUGCUUAUUAUGACAGUAUGGCGCAAACAAUACAUCAGAUGGCAAGAUAAAAAAUAGCUGGUAAGCAUAAUCGUAUUACUAAUAAUAAAUAUAAGUUGUUCCUUUUUUCGUUAGCAACUUUGAAUGUUAUGAAGGAUGACCGUUCUAUUUAAUUUGAGUAAUUGGUAACAAUGAGAAAAUCAGAAAACACUGCUCUUCACAUGCUUAAUGGCAUAUUCAUUAUGGCAUUACAUAAUAUAGAAACGAAUUAUUGACUUGAAGCUCAUUCUGUGUGAUAAACACUUUAUGGUUAGCCAACGAGUCAAUUAUUAUUUAAAUAUAACCUUGUAUAAAUAUUUAUUAUUAGUAAUACUAUUAUGCUUACCAGCCAAUAUACAAAGAAAUGAUGUUCAAACAAUUGCUUAUACUUAAUAGUGAAUUCAUAAUAUGUCAUCGGUUUGUUACGCUGUGCAGUAUGUUAAACUGUAUGUACGUAUUAUGUGUACUUUAGUAUGGAUUGUUGAUUGAAUUAUUUUCUACACUUGCACUUUGAACUCUAUAAGCAUGCGUCACAAAAUGUAUGAUUUGCAAUUAUUUUUUGAAAAUUAUGAUUGUAUUAUAUGUGGUCCUUAGUUAUUACUUUUUUAGCAGUUUGGUAUUUAAGACCAUGUUUAUUGAUCGUAUUAAUUAUGUUAUUUUACUACUUAGCCAGAAGUUUGCGGGAUGUACAUCAAUUCGCUUUCGGUGAGUUAUUUACUCCCUACAUCUGUCCUCUCGUUUACUUCCAUAUAAAUCAAAUUAUUUGGAAAUAAUAAUCUCAAAUAUGUAAACCUGUAUGUGACGGUCUGCAACGCGUAAUAACCAUAUGAUUACCAAUGAUGAUAAUGUCAUACAAAAAUAAAAGUACGAAAGUUU